AAGCACAGAUGAUACCGAGAGUAACCCACUCCCUUGUCCUCACUGAGAGAGACCGCUUCAAAGGCACUAUUUGCCUCCUAUUUCAGCCCAACAAAGUUCCAUGAUUUGCUUCUCAGUCCUGUAACUGGAACUUACAAAACAAACAGUACUGAAAAAAGAAAAGAAAGCAUUGGGACUUUAAAAGGAGCUGUCUGCUGCUUUUCUGCACUGGGAUUUUGUCAAGCUCAGCAUUAUAAGAAGAAAGCGCUGCGCAAAGACUUAAAGCUCACCCUGACCCCUUGCAGUUCUCUGUCUCUCGCCUGCUCUGCUUAUUGCUACAGGAGAGGUUUCCUCAUAUCCCUGGGUGUGCGGCUCAAGCACACUCAGAGCUGCGGGACUGGAUUGAAGAGGUAACAAGCGAUGGCCGGAGAGCUGCCUCUUGGAACAGAGCUGCCCACAAGUACUCCUCUGGCCAUGGAGUAUGUCAAUGACUUUGAUCUCAUGAAAUUCGAUGUUAAGAAGGAGCCCCUGGGUGGAAGGCCAGAUCGUACUGUCCGGCACUGCAACCGCCUGCAGACUCCAGGAUCUGUGUCAUCCACCCCCAUUAGCACACCAUGCAGCUCAGUGCCCUCUUCUCCCAGCUUCAGUCCAACCGAACAGAAGACUCAUCUGGACGAUCUGUACUGGAUGGCGAAUAGUUACCAGCAGGUUAACUCAGAAGCUCUUAACCUCACUCCAGAAGACGCAGUAGAGGCACUUAUAGGUCCGCACCAAAUACCCCAUCAUCUGCAAGGUUUUGACGGCUUCAGAACUCACCAUCAUCACAACCAUCACCAUACGAACCACCAUCAGAACCACCAUCAGUACCAGGGUGUCCCGCAUGAUGACAUGGGGCAUCCUCACCAGCACCCACACCAUCACCACCACCAUCAUCACCAGGGUUCUCCGAGUCCAUCUGGAUCAUCCUCCUCUUCACAGCAGCUCCAUAACAGCCACCAACAGCACCCCUCCUCUAGCCAAGUGGAGGACAGGUUCUCAGACGACCAGCUGGUCUCCAUGUCAGUUCGGGAGCUCAACAGGCAUCUGAGGGGCUUCACUAAAGACGAUGUGAUCCGUCUGAAGCAGAAGCGGAGGACCCUCAAAAACCGAGGGUACGCCCAGUCCUGCAGGUACAAGAGGGUACAGCAGAAGCACCACCUGGAGAACGAGAAGACUCAGCUCAUCCAGCAGGUGGAACAGCUGAAACAAGAGGUGAAUCGGCUGGCUAGGGAGAGAGACGCCUACAAGAUCAAGUGCGAGAAACUAGCCAACAACGGCUUCAGAGAGGCCGGUUCCACUAGCGACAACCCAUCAUCUCCUGAGUUCUUCAUGUGAGUCUCCAUAAGACUGAACAGAACUCUUGGUGGUUGCCGCCUUUACAUCUCCAUCCAAUACCACCUGCUUUUAGUAGAGGGAGCCAAGGAAGGAGCUUCGCUGUCAUGAACUGAGCACCUACUUUUAUAGUUUAGACUGUGGGGUGGGAGAUUGGGAAAAGGACUUGGGGUGCUCAUGUGGAGCAGUUGACCAUUACGUUUUAUUCUUGUGAUGGGGUGUAAGGGAGGGAAGGGAGAAUGCACUGUUGUAUAAGAAUUGAUUUCUAAUGCAGCUAGAGACUCUGACGGACUUUUGAGAGUCACCAGUGACACUGACACUGCCACUUUGAGAGGAAAUACAUGGACAAUAUAUGCCGUUACAUAUAUUGCCUGCUUUAAGAGAAAUGUAACAUACAUUGAGUGGGACAUUUAGAGCACCCCUUGAUUUUAUUGCCUGCUUGAUUAUCUAGAAAAUAUAAUAAAAAAAAAACAUGCAUUAAAAAUAUUAAUCCUGCAUGCUGGACAUGUAUGGUAAUACUUUCUAUUUUGUACCAUUAUCUUGUUUAUCCUGAGCAUGCUGUUAUCAUGGUUCAGAGCUCAAUGUUUCUUUUUUAUGUUUGAGGUGUUAAGAUCUUUAGUGGUUUAAUGCUUCUGCAGUUGAGAUUUAUCUGUCCUCUAGAUGCUUAAUCUGUAAAUAUUUAGUACUAUUGAUUCAUCAGCAACAUUUCAUUUGGCAGGUAUAAGUACUCUUCAUAAAUAUCAUGGGCAUUUGUUUUAUUAAUUUGCUUUACAAUGAGGAUGAAACAAACUGUGUACGAUCAUUUUACUUUUACAAUUGUUUUCCCACACAAGUUUUCAUUUUGGAAUUUUUAUUUUUUAUGCUUGUAGCAAAAUUAUUUAAAAUCUGAUUCCAAAGUUUACUAAAUAAACGUUUAUGGCAUAACAUGUUUAAUGCCAACUAAUCAGUAUUAUAUGUAUAAUCUAUGCCCUCCAAUUUUUUAAAAUGUUAUAGUCUAAAUUAAUACUGCCUAGAUUAAUUUCUCAGAUAUUGCACAGAUAAGUGUUGUAAUUUAGGACAAUACUAGGAGGAUAAGUGGAAUAUUCCCGUUUUAACUUAAAAUACUGGUAUUUGAGUUUAAUUUCUGCUGAUUUAAGGAUAGUACAAAACGUCAAUAACAUAUUCUCUGAGGACAAAGCCAGAUCUAUGUUGCGACAGCAAAAUUAUGACUUGACUUAUAUAGAAACUAAAUGGUUCAUAUCAAUUGUGCUACUUUAAAUUUGUGUACUCUUUUGCUACUACACCAGCUAGCAAGGAUAUUAUUUGUAUUUCUAUUCUGCUCAAGUUAUUUAUAGAUGUAGCAGUUUUAAACAGCUGGUUGCUGUACAGUGUCAAUUUUCUGCAGGUCAGUAAAUGGAAACCAUAAAUUGUGCUCCCAGCAUACCAAAAUGAAAACUUUUUUUAAUACUUUUGUUUUUAUGUUCUUUUCAGAUCCUGGCACUGCUGGUGCAGAUGCAUUUUACGUUUGUAUUAGUUUAUAAGUUAAGGGUAAUUAACAGGAUUGUAUGAACAGCAUGGUGCUUGCAGUUUUUAAAAUAUUGUGGAAUUCUGUCAUGCAUCAGGAACAAUCUGUGGGUUUAACUGAUUCAACUGUGUUGAAAUCAGUUCUGCAGCAGCAGAGAAUCUUUUUAUUUCAUGUAAAGUUUUGAAGGGAUACAUUUCAAACCCUUCCUCUGAUAAGAAAAUGUUAAACCUGGUCUAUUGUAGUUUUAUUCAGACUGGUUUCUGUUUUUUGUUAAUAAAGUUGUUUCCUAUUUUGCUUAUUAAAAUAAUUGAAAAGA